AUGCCAGAAUGGAUUAACUUCAUGGAAAAGCCAUCCAGCACUUGGCUUGGCUUUAUAAGUGCUGUCUACUGGAUAGGGGCUUUGAUAUGCACUCCAGUUGCUGCCUGGGCGUGUAAUCGAUACGGGCGGCGAGUAGGCGUCUGGAUAGGGCUUAUUCUUCUAUUAGCUGGAACCGUAAUGGGUACGGCUGCGUCGUCCGCCAACAUCUUCACUGCGUCUCGUGCAGUGAUUGGUUGUGGUAUGGGAUGGGUAAGCAACACGGCCCCUAUCCUCCUCAGUGAGAUUGCCUACCCUGCACAUCGUGGUGUCUUCGGUGCACUCUACAUGGUCGGCUAUUACGUUGGAGCCGCUGUUGCAGCCUGGGCCACCUUUGCAACACAAGCGUAUGACGGUCCCUGGGCAUGGAGAUUGCCGGUUCUUCUACAAAUGCUCCUUCCUCUCAUUGCCGUUCCUGGUUUUGCGUUCAUCCCAGAGAGUCCUCGAUGGUUGAUAUCUAGGGGAUGUAUCGAGAAAGCCCGUACAGUUCUAGCUGAGCUGCACACUGGUGGUGAUACUACUGCGCCUCUUAUUGUGUAUGAGGUCCAGAAUAUCCAAGAGAUAAUCCAAGCGGAGCACAGCGCGGCUGCUUCGGCCGGGUACCUAAACUUGAUCAAGACUCCGGGAGACCGCCAUCGGCUCUUCAUCACCAUUACGCUUGGGGUAUUUGCACAAUUGUCGGGCAGCGGGGUAGUCUCCUACUACCUUUCCAUGAUAUUGACGUCUAUCGGCAUCACACACGCGCGCGAUCAGUUAUUGAUUUCGGCCUGCCUGCAGGUCUGGAACGUCCUCUUCGCAGUGCUUGGCGCCUCGCUGGUCGAAAAAGUCGGUCGGCGGGUUUUGUUCAUAACCUCGGCCAGCACCAUGCUGGUAGCCUUCAUCCUCAUCACUGCCUUGUCAGGCGCCUUUGCCAGCAGUACCAAGGGGUCUGUUGGGAUUGCAGUCAUCCCAUUCCUGUUUAUAUAUUUCUUGGGAUACGAUAUCGCGUUAACACCUAUGCUCACUGCAUAUCCAUGUGAAAUCUGGCCCUUCAGUCUCCGCUCACAAGGGCUCAGUAUGGUAUGGCUGUCUGCCAUUGGAUGCACGGUGUUCAACACGUUUGUCAACCCGAUCGCGCUUUCGGCUAUCCACUGGAAAUACUACUUUGUGUUCGUGGCCGUGUUGGCCGGAUACUGGUUCUCGGCGUAUUUCUUUUACCCAGAAACUCGCGGAUAUAGCCUCGAGCAUAUAGCCGGUAUUUUUGAUGGGAAAGGUGCCGACGUGAGACGAGAAAAUGAAAAGAAAGCCGAGCCGGUGGCUGCACCCGUGGCUACAAAGUCGGUACAUGUACAUUUAUAA